AUGAGCAGAGACAAAUCCGAGCGGGAUAACCUUCAGGACACAACCACAAUAAACCUGAGGAGGCGCAGGAGAGUAAAGGAGGGCAAGGCAGCCUCCAAGCCGCCGCAGGUGUAUCCAUUGAUGAAGUGUAAGCUGAGAUAUCUGAAGUUGAAGAAGCUGGCGCACUUAUUAUCUUUAGAAGACAACAUACUGAGCUUAUGCGAGCCAGACAAGUCGUCCGAGGGAUCGAAUAGCCAGAAGCAUGUUGUUGAGCAGCUUCGCGGGAGCCCUCUUUCUGUCGGGACGCUUGAGGAGUUUGUCGACGACCACCACGGAAUAAUUACCACGGGUGUUGGGUUGGAAUACUAUGUCAACAUCAUGUCGUUUGUUGACAAGGACCUACUUGAGCCUGGAUGCACUGUUCUCCUGAACUACAAAGACAAUAGUGUUGUGGGCGUUCUGGAGGGGGAGAUGGAUCCAAUGGUCAAUGUCAUGAAGUUGGAAAAGGCACCUUCGGAGACAUAUGCGGACAUCGGGGGGCUUGAGGAACAGAUCCAAGAGAUAAAGGAAAGUGUUGAGCUUCCACUGACGAACCCCGAGCUUUACCAGGAAAUGGGGAUAAAGCCCCCAAAGGGAGUGAUUCUGUACGGACUUCCUGGAACAGGGAAGACUCUCCUAGCCAAGGCCGUUGCAAACCAGACAUCUGCAACUUUUCUUAGGGUUGUUGGGACGGAGCUUAUACAGGAGUAUCUCGGGGAAGGCCCGAAGCUUGUAAGGGAGCUCUUCAGGGUUGCAGACAUGCAUGCACCAUCAAUAAUUUUUAUUGACGAGAUAGAUGCAAUUGGAGGGAAAAGGUACAAUACAUCCUCUGGUGGGCGGAGGGAGGUCCAAAGGACGAUGCUAGAGUUGCUGAACCAACUGGAUGGAUUUGACACCAGGAACGAUAUCAAGGUGAUAAUGGCCACGAAUAAGAUAGAAGCCCUUGACCCGGCUUUGAUCAGGCCUGGCAGAAUCGAUAGGAAAAUCGAGUUUGGCAUGCCGGAUGCCGCUACAAAGAAGAAAAUAUUCGAUAUUCAUACAUCGAGGAUGACACUGGAUGAAAGUGUGAACAUCGAGCUACUAAUAACGAGCAAGGAGGAUUUGAGCGGAGCUGAUAUAAAGGCAAUCUGCACAGAGGCUGGUAUGAUAGCAUUGAGAGAAAGGAGAAAAACAGUUACCAUGAAGGACUUUAUUUCUGCAAGAGAAAAGGUAUUCUUUUCAAAGCAAAAGAUGGUUUCUGCUGGGCUUUAUUCCUGA